AUGGUGGCGAAACACCGCGACACAGCCCUCGUCCCUCAUUCCGUCGCUGCUCCGGGGCGGGGGCGUCCCCGGGACGGCCGCAGAGUGUCCUGCUCCGCCUGGCCGCGCCCGCCGGAACGGCGGCGGCACGGAACGCGGCGCCGCGGGGAGGGGAGGCGCCAGGGACCGCUCGUAGCGGCGCACAUCGCCGCCCCUGUCAGCUGUGCUCCGGCGCGGUCCGUCCCGCAAAGCCUUCCGCCGGCUGCCAUGCUGCCCUGCGGGGGAGCGCUCCGGGCCGCGGCGCUGCUCCGCCCGGCCGCCGCCGCCGCCCCCCGCCUCGGGGCCGCUCCGCGCCUCGGGGCCGCCCGCCGAGCCAGCCGCGGCCCGGGCGAGCGGCCGGUGGGGCCCGGGGCCGCGCUGCCGCCGGGGCCGGACCUGCGGCACUUCCUGAGAGGGGCCGCGGCGGGGGAGCGGCAGCCGCAGCGCAGCUCCUACCCCGGGGCCGGCAAAGUCUACCUGGAGACCUACGGCUGCCAGAUGAACGUCAGCGACACGGAGAUCGCCUGGACCAUCCUGCAAGGGAGUGGCUACAGCAGAACAAAGGAGCUGGGGGAGGCUGAUGUGGUUCUCCUGGUCACCUGCUCUGUCAGGGAGAAGGCAGAGCAGACCGUCUGGAACCGCCUGCAGCACCUCAAGGCGCUGAAGCUCCGCAGGCAGCAGCGCGGCUCAGCCCUGCGCAUCGGCGUCCUGGGGUGCAUGGCUGAGAGGCUGAAGGAGAAGAUCCUGCAGAAGGAGAAGCUGGUGGACAUCGUGGCAGGGCCUGAUGCCUACCGAGACCUCCCCCGGCUGCUGGCCCUGGCAGAGUCUGGCCAGCAAGCUGCCAACGUCCUGCUGGCCCUGGAUGAGACCUAUGCAGAUGUCCUGCCCGUGCAGACCACUGCAGGGGGCACCACUGCCUUCGUGUCGAUCAUGAGAGGCUGUGACAACCUCUGCAGCUACUGCAUUGUGCCCUUCACCCGCGGGCGUGAGCGCAGCCGGCCCCUGGCCUCCAUCCUGCAGGAGGUCAGGAUGCUGUCAGAGCAGGGCGUGAGGGAGGUGACCCUGCUGGGGCAGAACGUGAACAGCUACCGGGACGUGUCGGAGGUGCAGUUCCGGGCAGCAGCCGCCCCGGGGCUCAGCAGAGGCUUCAGCAGCAGGGGCCGGGCGCGGGCGGGAGGCCUCCGCUUCGCCCAGCUGCUGGAGCAGGUCUCCAGCGUGGACCCCGAGCUGAGGAUUCGAUUCACAUCCCCACACCCCAAGGACUUCCCUGACGAGGUCCUGCAGCUGAUCCGGGAGCGCCACAACAUCUGCAAGCAGCUUCACCUCCCUGCCCAGAGCGGCAGCAGCCGAGUGCUGGAGGCCAUGCAGAGGGGGUACACCAGAGAAGCCUACUUGGAGCUGGUGCAGCAUGUGCGGGACUCCAUCCCGGGGGUGAGCCUAAGCUCUGAUUUCAUUGCUGGCUUCUGUGGGGAGACAGAAGAAGAUCACCAGCAGAGCCUGUCCCUGCUGCGGGAAGUCCGCUACAACGCAGGCUUCCUCUUUGCCUACAGCAUGAGGCAGAAGACCAGAGCCUUCCACCGGCUGCAGGACGAUGUCCCUGCAGGUGUCAAGCAGCGGCGGCUGCAGGAGCUCAUCACAGUCUUCAGAGAGGAGGCUGCCAAGGCAAACCAGGCCAUGGUGGGCCAGGCUCAGCUGGUGCUGGUGGAGGGGCCCAGCAAGCGCUCUGCCUCCGAGCUGUGUGGGCGGAACGACGGCAACAUCAAAGUGAUCUUCCCUGCGGCCAGGCUGGAGGAGGCUGCCGGCUCCGAGGCUCCCUUCAGCCCCCAGCCCGGGGACUAUGUGCUGGUGAAGGUGACCUCUGCCAGCUCUCAGACCCUGAGGGGAGUUCUGCUGGGUCCUGCUACCCUCUCCCACUCUGCAGCUUGUCCCUGAGGGUUCUCUGCUGCUGCUGGGGGCAGGAGCAGCAGCAGCUUCUCGCCAGGAAGCUUGGCCAGGUGGAGACAAGGUGGUGAGAGGGAGAAGUGUGCUAGAUGCUGUCUGUUUCUGGCUGGCAGCAACCUGCCCUCCUGGACCUGUGCAGAGUUUGCCAGCAGAAGGGCUCGAAGCUGCCUCUGCACUUGUCAGACCCAAGGUCCUGCCAUUUCCCUUGCUGGGCUGCAGGGCAGUCCUCAGCACCUCCUCUGCUGCAGCCCAGCCUGAGAAGUGGCUGCCUGCAGAGCAGAUCCCUGUGCUGCCUCCGAGGAACUGAAGGGGCAGUGCCUACCAGCUGCAGCAGGUGCUGAGGGAGGCCAAGAGGACUCGCUGAGAGUGUGAAGAGCUCAGCAGCAGACUCUGAAUUCCUGAUAAAUUCCCUCUUUGCAA